CAGCUUCAUUCAUCUACACUCGCUUCAUCUUAAAGAGACAUCUUCCGUCUAAACUGAUCCCGCGACAAAUCCACAGCAAACAAACAGCGAUUUCACCUUGACACAAGUAUGGCGUCGGCUACGAGAAUCAUCCAGAGGCUGAGGAAUUUAUUGUCAGGGCAAGAUCUCCAGUCAAAACUUCAACUUCGCUACACUGAAAUCUCCAAGAGGACUCAGCCUCCACCUAAACUUCCCGUUGGACCGAGCCAUAAAUUUGCCAAUAACUACUACUGUCAGAGAGAUGGACGCAGAGAGUCUGUUCCCCCAACUGUGCUCAUGUCUUCACAGAAGGCCCUGACUGCUGGAAGUGAGGCUUCUGGAAAACCCAAACGUCCUGUUAUUCCUGGGUCGCCCCCGAAGGACCUUCCACUGAGUGUUGACUAGAUUUACAGUUUCAAAUAAAAGAUGUGUAUA